UGUGAUGGUCGGACAUGCAUGCUCUCCCAUGUUCGUUGCUCUAUGGAGACAUCCAUUCCACUGGAGGCCCACGCUGCAAACUGGCGCCUCAAAGGUGGUGGUGGUGGCGGCGUGAAUCUUGCAAUCUACAAAGCUGCUGGUGACGAAGCAACAAGAAGGCACAAGAAGGUGUGCGAUGCUGGAGCCGUUUCCUCUACGGCUGCCUCACGUCUAUCCGUCCUUGGGCCCAACAUGAACCCAUGGAUGCCAAACUGGCUGUAGGCUGAUGCUCUGUUCUCGAUUUCGCACCAUUUUUCCGCUUC